AUGUCGACAUUAUUAUCCGAAGUGGAAAGUAUGGAUACAUUGCCGUAUGUGAAGGAGACAACACCGACAGCAAGCGAUUCGUUGACAUUUAAUAAAUUAUUGGCUCCAUCAAUAGAGGACGUAGAUGCUAACCCAGAGGAACUAAGAACAUUACGUGGCCAAGGCCGGUAUUUCGGAAUAAAAGAUUAUGAUGCAGACGGUGGAAUAAUGGAAGCAGAGCCAAAAUGUAAUAAUUGUUCUCAAAGAGGUCAUUUGAAAAGAAAUUGCCCCCAUGUGAUAUGUACUUACUGUGGAUUUAUGGAUGACCAUUAUUCGCAGCACUGCCCAAAGGCUAUAAUUUGUUCUAAUUGUAAUGCAAACGGGCACUAUAAAUCACAGUGUCCGCACAAAUGGAAGAAAGUGUUUUGCACGCUUUGCAAUAGUAAAAGACAUUCAAGAGAAAGAUGUCCUAGUAUUUGGAGGUCUUACUUAUUGAAAACUAGGGAUAAUAAUAGUGGUGAAUUUGACUUUCAAACGAUUUUCUGCUAUAACUGCGGGGAAAGCGGUCAUUUUGGAGAUGAUUGUAUGGAAAGAAGAUCAUCCAGAGUGCCGAACACUGAUGGAAGUGCGUUUUGCGGUGAUAACUUAGCCGUGAAAUUCAAACAAUACUAUUUUAGCCAAUUGAAAAGCUAUAAAAGACAAGCUUCGGAAAGACAAAACUAUGAUGACGAACAAGAUUUCAACCUCUAUGACUACGAAUAUAACGACGAUGCAUACGACCUUCCCGGUUCAAGAAACUAUAGAGAUAAAAUGAAACGGAAGAGCAAAGCUCAAUCGACAAAGAGCAACAACGAUAAAAAUAAUAGUUACAACAAUAAUAAUAACAGGAAGAAGUCACCAUUUAGCCCACAGAGCUAUAAAGUGACAAAAAAUAAAAAAGUUCAUACACAUCCUUUAGAUUUUCCUAGAAAUCCCCAAGGCAACAGAACAGGUGAUCAUUCAAACAAUUCCAACCGCAAUAGACAGGAUCUUCCUAGCAGGUCUAAAAACAAGAAGGGCCGCACUUUCUCCAAUAAAGGGCAAAGGAACGGACGUUACUAA